GGGGACCUGACCCAAUCUCGUACUCAGUUCCUGAGACUCAGAGAAAUAGGUGUUUUGUCGUCAUACGGGUGCUGAUGGCGACACGGACUCCCUACAAUCCCCCGAGUUGGUCUUGAAGAAUAAUGAGAAAGGAUGCAUCAGUUUCGUUGAAUUGAGCACGGCUCGUUCUCAAUGACGUGAAAUUUUGCGGAAUGUGAGGCCAUAGAUAUUGGGGCUAUUCACCCACGCUUUGGUAUCGAAGUCGACGUCUUGAAUCUCUCUCUUUGCCGACCUCCGCCCUCUCUUGGUUUCAAUCUGCGUCUCCAUUCAAGCUUUCUCUCACUUUCGGAGAGAUAGCGAGAUAAUUAUAAGAAGCUUCUGUCCGAGUAAACAUGGACCGAUAUCGUUGCAUGGCCGAACAGCGAAUCUGGGUUAAGUUUCGGCAAAAUGCUCUGCUCUUCAGUGUGCUCCGCCAUCAUCCCAAUCACGGAAUCAUGAUGUUCUUACAGAGAAGCAUACCAGCUGCGAAUAAAGCUUGUGCAUUUUUUUGUAGUUUACAUCCCCUUAGUUCCUUUCUACGGAAUGCUGGACUGGUCUCUGACGACAACAGCUGCUCUCCUGGUUCUCAUCGCCAUCAUCAAUAUCCACAAGUGUCUGAAGCGUUUCAAGUUCCAUUCCGAUGCGUCUGAGAUGCGAGUGUUGCUCUCUCCAAUGACGGUUCUAGGCGCUAUCACUCCAACCUUUCGAUGGAAUCCAGGCCUAAACUGGUGUUGGGAGCAACGGGCCACUGCCUACGUGAACCAUACACAUGAAGUCAUCUCACUAGUUCCCAUUCUCUACGGUCGUCGCAUGUAUUACCUCGGUUCUCUGAAUUUGUUCAAGCAGCUUCUCUUCGCGGAAAACAAACUGCAUAUUGAGAAACCUCAGGACAUGCUGAAAUCCAUGCUUGCAUUCGGAGACAAUCUCUUCACUGCGAAUGGCGAUGUGUGGAAACGACAGAGACGCAUCAUGGGGCCUGCCUUCACUCACUCAACAUUCCAGAUGGUCCUGAAGGAGACUAAGGCAGUAGUUGAGGAGAUGGCAGUCGCCGAGGGCUGGGUGGAUAGACACGAAGGGAACUCACCUGAUUUCAACAAAAUCACUGCACAUACGGCUAUGAUUGUACUGGGGCGAUGCGUAUUCGGACUUCCGUUCCAAUGGGCUGAUACAAGGAACGAUGGAGAAGAUAAGUUGACAUUUGAACACGCGCUCAGAUCCUCAUGCGAGUCCCACAUUGAGCGUCUGUUCUAUCCAAGAUGGCUGUAUAGACUGCCCAUACAGAGGUUGCGAUUCAUCGAUGCUGCAUGGACAUCUCUUGGGACGUACAUGCGGGAACUCAUCGUCGAACGCAAGGAGGAGCUAGGUGCCAGCGGCUCUGACGCUCAAUUACAGCGAGGAGAUAUCUUUACUCGCCUUGUUGCCGGCUUAUCGGAGGAUGCCAAAGUUGGACUCGAAGAGCAGCAGGUGAUCGGAAAUACCUUCAUACUUAUGUUCACAGGUCAUGAGACUACUGCGCGGGCACUUGCUGCCACCGUCGGAUAUCUAGCCAUACAUCAAGAUGAACAGCAGAGGGUCUUGGACGAGAUUCAACACAUACUGCCCGAUGAUCGCGACCCGACGUUGUUUGAUUUGGAGAAACUGAACCAUCUUCUGUAUUGUUUCUAUGAAGGUCUUCGUUUACAUCCUCCUGGACCAGGCUUUGGUCGUGUAAUAAUGGAAAACGUGACUCUCCACCUUCAGCGGCCUCAGCCCCAGGCUCUUCAUCUCCAGAAAGGAGAUUAUGUGAUGCUGGACUACAUUGGUGCACUUCACGAUCCCAACACAUUUCCAGACCCGGAAGAGUUCAGACCAUCAAGGUGGCGGAACAUUCCUGACCAUGAUGUCGCUAUGUUCGGUUUGGGACCCAGAGCGUGCCUCGGAAGGAAAUUCGCCCAGACAGAGGCUCUCACCUUCCUGGUGACUCUCCUGCGCACAUGGAAGGUCGAUAUUGAUCUCCAAGAUGGGGAAACUAGGCAGGCUUUUGAGAGGCGUAUUAUGGAUCGGUCUCGCUUACUUGGUCUGGCGUUUGGAGUAGAAAAAGUGCCGGUGAAGAUACGUAGACGAUUAUAAUCUCCUACUGAAUAUAAAGAGCAGUCACCAAUCGAAUUCUCAUGCACCUACUUGUUCAACACAGGGUCUCCUAAAUGUACCCGUAGUCCCAUACCUCAAUCUUCAUUCGCAUGUGCCUA